AAGUUCUAUCGAGGGUCGAUCUAACAGGGUCUGAUGAGGGUCGACCACGUUCAAACUGCGUUAACGUCCCUCGUAGUUUUUCUACUCUUUAUCCGGUUACAUGGAAAAGCUGUGAAUGGAAGUGAAUUCGUUAUUAUCGAAGGUGACAUGAAGGUUGAUAAGCGCUUUAUUGAGCAUUAUAUGAGAAGAAUAAAAAAGCGUGGUGCUAUCCUAAACCGAAGAGUUGGUGCGAGUUAUUACUGGCCCGAAACAAUCAUAGACGGAAACAAAAUUGUGCGAAUACCCUAUACACUGAACAUUGGAUUCUACAGUAGAUUGUUCGGAAAUGAUAUGGUAAAUGGUUUUCUAGCAGCCGUCCAAGAAUUUGCUAAGCGGACCUGCCUUCGUUUCGAAGAGAAAGAGGACGAAGACGAAGAUUAUUUAGAAAUUUUCAGUGGUCCAGGAUGCUUCUCUAUGAUUGGACGGCGCGGUGGCAAACAAGAAGUUUCACUUGGUAAAGGAUGUGAGACGAAAGGGAAAGCGACCCACGAACUGAUGCACGCCCUUGGAUUUUUGCACGAGCAGAGUCGAAAAGACAGAGAUCGACACGUUACUAUCUUAACUCAAAACAUUCUGGAUGUUGGAGUGUCAGAAUUCAAGACGUAUAACCAGGACAACGGCAACUUACCGUACGAUUUUCACUCUAUUAUGCAUUAUAACAACAAGAUUUUUAGCAAAAAUGGUGAAGAUACAAUCCAAGCUCUCAUCGACCCCAAGAUGACCUUGGGGCAAGAAAACGGACUUUCAGCAUUGGACGUUGUAAGAGUAAACAUGUUAUACAAAUGUCCUCAGCUUCGGACGGAUCUGGUGCUCUACUUUGUCACUGUUUACACGUCUAAUGAUUACUGGGCCGGCACCGACUCAAGGGUUGAUAUUGUACUUGACGGAGCGAAAGGGGACUCGGGAGAGAUAGAAUUGGAAUCUCCUGAAGAUGUUCCAGACCCAUUUGAACGGGGAAGUAAGGAUACAUUUCCCGUAAUUUCUCCUGCUGUUGGAGAAUUAAAAAGGCUUCGUAUCAGGUUGGCCGGAAGUAGCUGGAGCUGGUUCAAUGGUUGGAAACUUGAAAAAGUGAAAAUAGAAACACCAGAUAACAAGAAAAUUCAUUUCAAAUAUAAUGAGUGGAUUUAUUCCGGCGAUCAUGUAACUUUGUCGCCCUCUACCAGGAGGAAAAGAAAGCGAAAACAGAAGAUAGCUUAA